GGGGGCGCUUUUUAGAGGGAAGGCGCUAAUUCGAUCAUUUACGGUAAUUUAAAUUAGCCCCAAUUGUUCCUGUUAUCCAACAUGGUCACCACGGUCUUUGACAUUUGAGUCUCUCGGGAAUGGUUUCAAAUCACCAAUUGGUGUAGGUGCUACUCUACAUAUAUAGUUUACACAAGUAAACGUGGCUUCCACGAAAAACGAUGUCUUUUACCUUUUUCUUCGUUCGCAGCACUUCUAUUUGUCCUGUGCCCGCGACAGUCGUUCCAUCCGAGCAGGUUAAUGAUCCUUCCGUAAGUGGCUUAGAGAAAUGCUUUGACCCAAAAUGCAACGAGAAGACAGAUUCAGGGUCAUGUGACGGGGUAGUGGGUUGCUAUUGGUGCGUUAGAGACAAAAACGACGCUCCACUUUCCAACAAAUACUGCGCUGAUAUCAACGUCUGUUAUGGCGGCAAGGAAGGCGCAAGAGCACCUGGAAGCAGUGAUGCUCCUAAGGACCCCGACCACGAUGAUGAUGACGACGACAAGGGUGGAAUGUCGGGUGGAGCCAUUGGUGGUAUCGUCAUUGGAGUAAUAAUUCCUAUUAUUGUAGUAGCAAUUAUAGUCGUCAAACUCCGUAAAAGAGGCAGGGUACCCAAGAACCAGCCUGUCCAACCAGUGGUAGCUCCGCCCGCCGUGGUGUCUUACAAUGCUCCUACUCCAGCAUAUUCCCCAUACGGCCCGGAACCUGGUGUUCCAGUGCACUCCACCAGGAUCGCCAUGCCACAACCGAGUUAUGAUCAAACAGUGUCGCCUGCGGUCCAGGCCUCAGCGCCUCCCUAUAACCCUUAUUAUAAGGGUGUCACUGCACUCUAGAUCAGUACAGAGAGUGUGAAGUGUCAUUCUUGUUAGGGUAUUAAUGUACAAAAAGUAGAAAUCGGAAAAGUACAUCAAAUUACGAGACAUGGUGCUUUUAAAAGGACAAGCCAUUGUGUAUUAAGUCACUUUUUUUAAUGUGUAAAAUAUACUCUUAAGAAUCAACGGAAACAACCAAGGUGGUAACUCACGUGAACAAGACUGGAUAAGAAUGAGAACGCUGAGAUGGAUUGUAAUCGACAAACUUGAAAAAUGUAGGCUAACGUUCUCGAGAUGUACCACCCUCUAUAGGCUGAUUUAGCAAGAGAACUGGAACGUCACUUGACGACGGCGCGCGCAGUACAAAUACCCAAAUAUGAU